AUGUUGCGGCGCUCGGCGCGACGCGCCUGGACAUGCUCGCAAUGCAUGCGCCUGCAGCAGCGGAGAUACGGAUCCUCCAUUGCCGCAACCGCCGCUGACUUCUCGCCCGCAAACCGCGCCGCUCCCGACGCGAACCACGACGACCGCGUCCUGCGCCAGAUCUUCGACUCGCCGCGAUUCUGGAAGGACUUCUCCGGCAACACGAAACAUCAAGUCCAACCCCCUUCAACUGGUCUCUUCCAGAACCGCUACCUUACCCGACCAGAAGGUUUCCAGCACUUCGCCGAGGUCACGCUACAGAAAUGCAUAAAGAUCGUGGACAAGGUGCUGACAGCCAGCACCGUCGAGGAGUACAGGACGCUCGCGAGGGAUCUUGACCGUCUGAGCGAUUUGCUCUGCCGCGUCAUCGACCUGUCCGACUUUGUGCGCUCGACCCAUCCCGACCCAAAGAUCCAGGGCGCUGCCACGCAAGCUUACGCCAUAAUGUACGAGUACAUGAACCGGCUAAACACAACAACGGGCCUGAAUGACCAGCUGAAGAAGGCGGCUUCAAUUCCCGAGGUCUGGAAUUCGUGGAGUGAGGAAGAACAGGUCGUGGCUCAGAUCUUGAUGAGGGACUUCUCAAAAUCUGCCAUCGACCUGCCUGAGGAGACAAGGCACCGCUUUGUCGACCUUUCCAAUGAAAUCACCCACACCGGGAACGACUUUGUCGAUGGCAUGGCCCCCGAGAGACCGUACCUCAGAUUCGACAGUAGCAGGUUGAAAGGAAUGGAUCCUGUCUAUGCCAAGAGCUUGACCAAGUGGGGUAAGCUUACGUUGCCCACCGUUGGCAUGCCUGCGAUGAUGGCAUUGAGGACUGUCGAGGACCCGGAUGUGAGGAGAGAGGUGUAUGUGGCCAACCGAACAGCAUCAAGGGCCAACAUCUUGAGACUGGAAGAGAUGCUUCAGAAGAGAGCAGAGCUUGCAAAGAUUUCUGGCUAUGAUACCUAUGGACACAUGGCAUUGAGUGACAAGAUGGCAAGCACUCCGGAAGCUGUGAAUCAAUUCCUGGGAGCUCUGGUCGAGGAUAACCAUGUUCAAGUUAAUGGCGAACUUCAGGAGCUCCUGGAACUCAAAAAAUCUGACGCGAGGAGCGACAACUUUCCCGGCCGCCUGAAUGCCUGGGAUCGGGAUUACUAUGCCCAGCAUCUUCUCUCGUCUCUCCGUACUCGCAUUCGAUCCCCCGACUUUCUUUGGUCUUUCUUUUCCCUUGGUACUGUCAUUCAAGGACUCUCUCGACUCUUUACAAGACUCUACGGCAUUCGACUAGUCCCUCACGAGACGCUGCCUGGAGAAACUUGGAACUCUGAUGUUCGACGGUUGGAUGUGAUUGAUGAGAACGAGGGCCACAUUGCUGUGGUGUACUGUGAUCUUUUCUCCCGUCCUGGCAAAAACCCUAACCCGGCACACUUCACCCUCCGUUGCUCUCGUCUGAUUUCCAGCGAAGAAAUUAUGGAGGCAGCCCAGACCUCCCAUCCCUUCUCCUCUCCCGUUGAUGCUGCCACGGAUGGCAUGGCUUCCGCAGUCAACCGCGCCGAUAAGACUGGUAACUCUUACUAUCAACUCCCUACCAUAGCACUGAUCUGCGACUUCGACACCAUCGGCCAAGGUCUGCACAGCUCCCGGCCAACCCUCCUCUCGUUCCGCGAAGUGCAAACGCUGUUCCACGAAAUGGGCCACGCGCUGCACUCGAUCUGCGGGCGCACGCAGCUCCAAAACGUCAGCGGCACGCGGUGCGCGACCGACUUCGCGGAGCUGCCGUCGGUGCUGAUGGAGCACUUCGCGGCGGCGCCGCAGGUGCUGGCGCUGUUCGCGCGGCACUACGAGACGGACGCGCCGCUGCCGUACCGCAUGGUCGAGGAGCGCGUGGCCAUCGACCGGCGCAUGGCGGGGGCCGAGACGGAGGCGCAGAUCCUGCUCGCCAUGCUCGACCAGGCGUACCACUCGGAGCUGCCGCUCCAGCCGGGCUUCGACAGCACGCAGACGUACCAUGAUAUCUACAACGCCCACUCGACCAUCCCUGAACCGGCGGGCACCGCGUGGCAGGGCUUCUUCGGGCACCUUUUCGGCUAUGGCGCGACGUACUACUCGUAUCUCUUUGACAGAGCGAUUGCUGGCAAGCUCUGGAAGGACGUGUUCCAGGAGGGUGAGAAGAGUAUCGAUAGGGAGGCGGGUGCGCGGUAUAGAGAGGAGGUGUUGCGGUGGGGUGGUGGUAGGGAUGGGUGGAGGUGCGUUGCUGGCGUUUUGGGACGGGAGGAGCUGGCUGAGGGUGGGGCGGAGGCGAUGAAGGAGGUGGGUAAGUGGGGUGUACAUGAUUAG